AGGUUGAGGUUAUGAACUUGGAACUACGUGCAUGUUGUUGUCUGUUGUGGUUGUGGAUCUCUGUCUCAGGCCUUGAAUACUUACGAUUUAUAAGAUAUAAUUUAUUAAUUUUAUCUACCAUUUGAACCUUUGAACGUCUUUUUCGGAUAUUGUGACAUGGAGAAGGCUCGUAGUAUUUAUGUCGUGUAAUUUCGUGUCAUAAAAUGUCAUAGUUAUAGCGUUCCAAUACGAUUUUAGUAGUUACUCUGAUCCUAUUCUUAAUCCUCUCAAAAUCCUAGUAGCCCUGUCGAAUUAAAAAAAUGAGGCUCUAUCACUUUUUGAGUGAUGUCAAACAAGUGGGAAAACUCACCAAAAAGAUAUCAAACCUGCCAGAUUCGUAUAUCCAACGAGCCAUGGAACAGGUUGAGUGGAAAACCCCUAGAGGUUAUCCAUGGUAUCAGAAAAGAACUGUAGGAAGAAAAAAAUACUUCUUUGAUGCUGAUAGGCCAUGGUCUAUUGAUUUCAAGAUUCGCAAUGAAAUAGGGAAACAUAAUAAGCCUUAUGUGCUGGAGCCAGUGAAAGAUUGGAGUUUCUUCAUCGGAGACAGGGUGGAGGUUCUUGUUGGGAAAGAUAAAGGAAAGCAAGGUUUUGUCGUCGAAAUAUUUGAGGAGCGCAAUUGGGUCAUUGUCGAAGGAUUAAACUGCAAACUUAAAAAGCAGGAAGCCGCAGGUAAAACUUUUCACAUACAAGAAGAGCAGCCACUACUGGUCACCCGCGAAAUUUCGCAUGUUGAUCCUGUUGAUUUGAAACCCUGCAAGACCGAGUGGAGGUAUACAGAGAGUGGAGAAAAAGUAAGAGUAUCCAUGCGAAGUGGUCGCAUCAUUCCUAUGCCAAAGAAAGCGGAAGCAACUGUUGAUUACAAAGCUCCAAGCUUGUAUAUAGAUGGAGAAAAAGAUACACCUUCCGCUGAGAUGGUAAAGAUAACCUUUGAACCAGCGCUGAAAACAUUUGAAAUGGAGAUAAUGGAAGAAAUGGGAAUCCAAGAAGACCGCGUACCUGCUCCAAGUUACUGGUACUAAGCCAGUAAUAAGUUGUUAGUGAUGUUGUUUUAAUAUUAUGUAUGAAAUUUUGUAAAACGUUUCUCAUUAAAUUCUGUCUUCAUGAACA